GAGAACGGCAACAAGUCGUGGUGUGGUGGCUCUGCAUUCGGACACGCCGAGGGAUUGCUAUGCUGGAUCUCGAUUCCUCGAUAUGAUCGGACAGAGGCACACUGAAGACUGGCCAUGGAUCGAUCCACGCCGGAACGAGCCAAAGCGCCCGAUAUAUUCCUGUGUAUGUACCCUCCUGGAUGCACGGCCAAGUGCACCCCUGAAGCUGUCACGGAGGAAACGGCCCACCUUGCCAUACGGAUAUUUCUUUCUUUAGCUCCAGCAAGGUACCUGAGACGCGGGUGGCCGCUCACGCCUCAAGCCUCAGGGCAGAUAAAGUGCCUGUGUUCUGCACAGGGUGCAGGCUGUACGCGCAGAUCCUACGGUGCUCCCAUUCUGCUUCUGCCCAGCGUCGACGAGGCAUUGGCAUUGGCGGUUCUAGGCCGGGGCGACUCGGGUUGGCUAUCCUGUUGGCUCUGCGGGACGUCAGGCAAGAGACAUCAAACCCGGCCUGUGCAACAACCCACGAAGAUAUUUCCCGCCAUUCUUAUUGUUCGAGAAUCGAGCAGCCCUGUCGUAGGGAAUUGUGGGAAUAAUAAGUCGACCGCAUGCGAAGGUCUCGACCUACUGCUGUUGCUGCUGUGCCGUAUGCAUCUCUUCCAAGUUCCUGCAGCCCAAACCUCCAUACAUACCAUACCUUACAUAUACACGUACACGUACAGGACUGUAUGUCCAUGUUACUUCGACUAUCAACCGUCUCGGCAAUACGAAGAAUACCCGCUCUGUGUGGGAAGAGAGCCCAGAUCCGAAACUCACCCCCUCACAAACCGCUCCUCAUCUUGGUGAAGAUCAUCGGCUGAUCCCUCCGAGAAAACCACUCCACGCGGCGAGGGCCAGGCGAUAAGAACUUGACCAGCGACAAACUCCCAGAGUCCACCAAGUCUCCAAGGCUCAAUCCGCAACACCGACACUGGUUGCGUUACGAAGUAGUGCCCGACUGGCGAUUCGCAACCAAGGUACUAAAAUCUCGAUUCGAGACGAACACUACGGUCCGGCUGCUACUAGCUGCGACUUUGCCGUUUACGUUGGUGGUUCCGUUCCCAUCAGACCCUCUAAGGACCG